AUGAUAACAAACUUAUUUUCUAUUUUUGACCCCUCUACUAAUUUAUUUAAUCUAUCUUUAAACUGAUUAAGAACUUUCUUAGGUUUAUUAUUUAUUCCUUUUUCCUUUUGAUUAAUUCCUAAUCGUCAUUUUAUUUUUUGAAAAUUUAUUCUAAAUAAACUUCAUAAUGAAUUUAAAACUCUCUUAGGGAAUAAUAAAUAUUCUAGAUCAAUAACUUUUAUUUUUAUUUCUAUAUUUUCAUUUGUAUUAUUUAAUAAUUUUUUAGGAUUAUUUCCUUAUAUUUUUACUAGUACUAGCCACCUUACUCUUUCUUUAUCAUUAUCUUUACCCUUAUGAUUAAGUUUUAUGAUAUAUGGAUGAAUUAAUAAUACCCAACAUAUAUUUAUACAUAUAAUCCCUCAAGGAACUCCAGGUAUUUUAAUACCCUUUAUGGUUUUAAUUGAAACUAUUAGAAAUAUUAUUCGACCUGGAACUUUAGCUGUUCGAUUAACAGCAAAUAUAAUUGCUGGACAUCUUUUAAUAACCUUAUUAAGAGGAACAGGAUCUAUUUUACCUACUAUUCUAAUUCCUUUAUUAAUUAUUAUUCAAAUUCUACUUUUAAUUUUAGAAUCAGCCGUAGCAGUCAUUCAAUCUUACGUUAUUGCUAUUUUAAGAACUUUAUAUUCUAGAGAAGUAAAUUAA